AUGAUCAACUCUUGUAUUGGAUUAAAUGAUUUACCUGAUGAAAUUCUUAUGAUUAUUUUCAAAAAACUCAACAAUAUUGAUAUACUUUAUUCUUUCUACGAUGCCAAUCAGCGACUAAAUAAAAUUAUUCACGAUCCAAUUUUUACAAGUCGUUUGACUUUUGUCGAAUGGUCAUUAGAUAAUUUUAUUGAUUUAUUAUCUUGUAAAACGAUACUUAAUCGAUUUUGUUUUCGAAUUUUACCUGAAAUUCAUAAUAAAAUCAAAUGGCUUGGUCUUGAAUCAUCAUCUAUGAAACAUGUUUUACGUGCUGCUCAUUAUCCGAAUUUAGAUAGUCUUGGCCUUUAUAAUAUUGAUGAAGAAUCAAUUCGAUGUCUUUUUACUGAUGAAACUCUUUCAUCUAGUAUUUUCAAAAAUCAAAUUACAACACUUGUAAUUACAAUAAAUAAAAAUGAUGAUUAUUUAGAAAUGCUAUCAUCGGUGGUUAAUAUAUAUGAUUACAUCUUCAGUGUUUUUACCCAUCUGAUUGUUGUCGCGUUAUAUGAAUCAUCAUAUAAAGAUUGUGUUCGGUUAAGUUUUAACGAUUCAUUACAUCCUAAUAUUCGUUCUUCAACUCUUUUGAAAUUGAAUAUCAAAGUACAAUGUUUUAAUGAUUGUCUUUAUCUUCUUGAUGGUCGUUUUAAUCAACUUCAUACAUUCUAUGUUGAUUUGGUUCGUAUUCGUAUUCCACAUGAAGUGGAAAAUCAAGGCGAUUUACCAAAUCUAAAGUGUUUUUCUUUGUCUUCUAAUUAUGAAACACUUGAUUAUGAUGAAUUAAUUCUACCACUUCUCAAUCGAAUGUCAAAUCUAGAACAACUCGGUUUGUAUCUUCUUGUUUAUGUCAAAGAAACAUUUAUUGAUGGAAACCAUUUGAAAAAAAAGAUUAUUAAUCGUAUGCCAAGAUUAAAUCAAUUCACAUUUUAUAUUCGGUCAUCUAUGUAUACUGGUAAUAAAUUCAAUUUGCCAUCAACAGAAGAUAUUCAACGCACAUUUAUUGACUUUCGAAAUAAUAAAAUUAUUUCUUAUGUUAAUUAUUUUCUAGAGGCAAAAAGAAGUCAAUGUCAUAUAUAUUCAUUUCCACCUCUAAUGGAAUAUUACGGCGAUAUUACAAAUGAUUUUCCAGGUGGAUUAUUCGAAUAUGUUCGUGU